UAACUUUCUUGCUUGGAAAAACUAAGACGGUCUUAAAUUAUUAUAAAGUGUUCAAAUAAUUUAUUUAACAAUGAUUUGUAAAUUUGUUUUGUUAAGCGCCAUUGUUUUGGUUAAUUGUGUUUAUUCUAAUGCAUUUGCUUUCGGACGUGGGUGUGGAAAAAAUGAAGUAUUUUCAUCCUGUGGAUCACCAAGUCCAAAAACUUGUGACAAUUACCGAGAAGAGCAUGUCUCCCCAAUGAUGUGUAUGCCACUUUGUGAAUGUGUUAAUGAUAUGGUUCGUAAUAAAUUAGGCGAAUGUGUACCAACAUCGGAAUGCGAUAAAGAGAAUCGUGAAAAACGAGAUGUACCAAACUGUGGAAAGACACCAAAAUCAGAAAAACGCUACGAAGAAACCAGACCAAGGAUAAGCACCAAGCUCCUACAGAGUUUAUCAGGAUAGUAAUAGAACAUCUAUUGAAUCCCCAUAAUGCGUUGAAUAUGUAAAAUAUAGUCUUUUCCAUUUUAAACCCUUUCGGAAUACUUUAAAACUAUGUAAAUCAUAAUUAAUUUAAU